GGCAUACGGAAAGGAAGCCAAGAUGAAGCUCCCGGCGACCUCCCUUCUCCUCCUCGCUGUGCUCCUUCUGAUACAUGGCGUGCAAUCUGUCAGGCAAUCCGUCAAGGCUCCGGCUCCUGUGCCGUCUGGCAAGGUUCCCGGGACAAAACCACCUGUCGGACGGAAGAGCGGGCACUCGCAUCUGUACAAGAUGUUUGUGUUCGGCGACUCCUUCGCCGACAAUGGCAACCUCCCGAGGUGGUGCUCGAGCCCGAUAACGCGGCAGUGGCACUACCCCUACGGUGCCUCCUCCCUGGCCGCCAGCAGCCUUCGCCCCACGGGCCGCUUCUCCGACCACCUGGUUCAGCCCGACAUCCUUGCCACGAUGCUCAACAUGGGCAGACUUGAGGGCCCGCCGGCGCGCAAGCUGACCAUUAAGAACUACUGUGACGCGUUCGGGAUGAACUUCGCUGUCGGCGGCUCGGGCGUCUUUGAGCCGUUCCUCCCGCCACUGCCGCACAAGCUCAAGUUGCCGACGCUCGCCACCCAGAUCGACCAGUUCGAGAAGCUCAUCCACGACCGCGUCGUUUCGAGCUGGCUCCUCGAUGACUCCAUCGCCCUCGUCGCCAUAUCUGGCAAUGACUACACCCGCGUCGCCAACAGCAACAGAGCCGACAUGGUUGCGUUUGUCGGUAACGUGACGACGGAGCUCGCGGUGAACGUGAAGAGGCUGCAGGACAUCGGCAUCAAGAAAAUCCUCGUAAACAACCUUCACCCUCUCGGUUGCACGCCAUGGCAGGCGAGGCCGAGCAACUACGCCAAUUGCACCGACUUCCCCAACAUGGGCGCCAUGAUACAUAACAACCAGCUGCUCAAGAAGGUCGGCGGAAUGGACAACGUCAAGAUCCUCGACCUCAACACCGCCUUCUACAACAUCAUCGGCCCGCACAGCCCUGGGUCAGGGUCGGAGCUGUCGAAGCGGUUCAAGUACUUGAUCAGGCCGUGCUGUGAGAGCUCGGAUCCUGAUGGGUUUUGCGGGGAGUGGGGCGAGGACGAGCAUGAUCGGCUAUACACGUUGUGCAAGGACCCAAGCAAGCAUUUCUACUGGGACGACGUACACCCCACGCAGGCUGGUUGGCAGGCCGUCAUGGACCAGCUCAAAGUUGAUAUCCAGGAGUUCCUCGACGUGUUCCAGCUUAGCUAAGAUUAUUUUGUUGGUGUCUUCUGUUAGUUAUGGUUUGGUAUUUUUCGGAUCAGUAGUUCGAAGUGGUUAUUUAGGUUUGGUUCUUUUUGGGUGGCACUAACUCGAUGCCAUAUAUCUAUCGAUUUUUAGGAGUCAGUUCCACGUGAGUGAAUCUCUGUUCCGCAGACAAUGUUUGCAUCUCUUGUGGUUUGUUGGUCAAUAUGCAUGUGGGGAUUGAAUGCUUCACUCCUCCGGAAACUAACAUCAGCAGUACCAGAUGCUUUUUAUUU